AUGCCUCGAAUGAAGGCCGCCACCGUCUCGGAUCAGACCGUGCGAAAGCGAAAACGGAAAACCCGCGCGGACGAGGAAACACAACCAGUAGCAUCGGCUGCAGAAGGCGAGGGGCCGAGCGAGGCUCACAGGAUCGUUGGACCCGACGGCUCGCUGAUCGACCCCAACCAACCUGACCCCAUUGAGACGACGACGACGACGACUACGAGCGUACCCACAAAGGCGCAUGAUGGAGGAAAGAAGCCACGACGUGCGCUGAAGAAGAGUGGUGCUGGCAGACCGUCUCUCACGCGCAACAACUCAUCCACAUUCGUUGAAACGUCGAUACCGUGGCCUGAGCAUUUCACGAAGCUGGCUCAGGUGCAUCGCGCGGUGAAUCUUGUUUACACGUUUCUAUGCACACGCAAACACCUUGCGACCACACUUGAAAACCUAAGAAGCACAGUCGAAGCCAACAUACAGCGAGAGCUAGUGGUUGAAGAUGUGGCGCAAAUUACGGCAUUGGUCCCGAAGGCCAUCAACUUUGCCUAUGUCGAUGAAGCAAUGCUCCUAAUCAAUGUCAUGGGUGCAGAAGACAACCUUCACGGGAGAUCAACGACGGACUUUGCGAUACUUGGGCCGGAACCGGACAAGGGUGAGCAUAAGGAGGUGCUGCUAUUUGAAUUUAUCGAUGGCGACUUGAAGCGCCAUGUACAACACAAGAAGACUGGGGAGCCUACGAAGGCCACGACGAAACUGCGGAACGAGGAACUCAAGAUGCCCGUGUACAGCCAGAAGCAGAUGAUGAAUUUGAUUGAGAAGAGGAAUCUCAAGUUCACAUCGGCAGUCAACGCAUUCCUGAACCAAUGCGUUGAGGAAGGUGUUGAUGCGGUAGAGAAGAUCAAGAAAGUUUCAGAGGCUUUCGUUCCUGUGCCGACAGAGAGCCGACAUUCCACGCCCGGCCCAGAUCGAUCGCUGCUACCAGCCUCCAUACCAGCCGAGCGGAAGCCUAUUCCCGACAUCCUGAAUGAGAUCAAAACACUUGAGUGGUAUACUGGUCAGAUUGUGCCGGAUGGUCACCGUGUCUUCGACCCCCAGGAACCUGUUUAUGGCGACUUGAACUUCGCCAUGUCACAGAAUCUUGUCAACGCGCUGUAUAACACGAAAAACAUCACUCAGCUUUAUGCCCACCAAGCGGAGGCAAUAAACAAUCUCUACGACGGGCACAACGUCAUAGUAUCAACUUCGACCAGCUCUGGUAAAUCACUGAUCUACCAGAUCCCUGUUCUACACCAACUAGAACAAGAACCAAGCACAAGAGCUAUGUACAUCUUUCCAACAAAAGCGCUGGCGCAGGAUCAGAGAAAGAGUAUGAAGGAGCUUUUACGAUUCAUGCCGGGCUUCGAAGAAGUUUUAGUCGAGACGUUUGAUGGAGACACGCCCAUGAGCGAACGCAAUUAUAUUCGUGACGAAGCACGUAUUAUUUUCACAAAUCCCGAUAUGCUGCACAUUACGAUUUUGCCGCAAGAAGAUGCCUGGCGGACAUACCUUCAGAAUCUGCGGUUCGUCGUGGUGGAUGAGCUGCACGUUUACAACGGACUGUUCGGGGCACAUAUGGCGUUUAUCAUGCGCCGUCUACGAAGGAUAUGCGCUGCUGUCGGAAAUCGUCACGUCAAAUUCAUUUCCUGCUCAGCUACAGUCGCAAACCCCGAAGAGCAUAUGAAGACCAUCUUUGGUGUUGACAAUGUCAAGUUGACAGACUUCGACGGUUCCCCUUCCGGACGUAAAGAGUUCUUAUGUUGGAACACGCCUUUUAAAGAUCCUGGCGACCCUACUUCUGGACGUGGUGAUUGCAUGGCUGAGACAGCAAAGCUGUUCUGUCAAUUGAUGUUGAGAGGCAUAAGAGCUAUUGCAUUCUGCCGUGUACGCAAGCAAUGUGAAGCGUUGAUUUCUGCUGUUAAAUCCGAACUAACCAACCUGGAGCGACCGGAGGUUAUCCCUCGGGUUAUGUCGUAUCGAGGUGGGUAUACGCCGCAAGACAGAAGAGAAAUUGAGCGAGAAAUGUUUGACGGCAAGCUCUGUGGUAUCGUAUCUACCAGCGCUCUAGAACUCGGUGUCGAUAUCGGCUCCUUAGAUGCUGUCAUUACAGUCGGCUUUCCCUACACCAUCGCCAACCUCCGUCAACAGAGUGGUCGUGCCGGUAGGAGAAACAGAGAUUCGCUAUCUGUUCUGGUCGGCGACUGCUUCCCCACUGACCAGUACUACAUGUCGAAUCCAGAUGAAAUCUUCACUAAACCUAAUUGCGCACUCCAAGUCGACUUGACGAACAUGCUUGUUCUGGAAGGCCACGUGCAAUGCGCUGCGUUCGAGAUGCCUAUCAAUGUCGAAGCCGACACUACCUACUUUGGCCCUCUCCUUCCCAAAAUCGCCAAAGAACGCAUGCGAUGCGACAAGGAGGGCUUCUAUCACGUGAAUUCCCGUUUCCUCCCUCAGCCAUCUCGUACAGUUGCAAUUCGCGAUACCGAAGAGGACCAUUUCGCCAUCAUCGAUAUCACACACGGCAAGAACACAGUACUCGAAGAACUGGAAGCUAGUCGCGCCUUCUUCACUCUCUACGACGGCGGCAUAUUCCUACACCAAGGAAACACCUAUCUCGUUAAGGAAUUCUCCCAAGAGCGUAUGCUUGCAAAGGUCGAAUACGUAAAAGUAGACUGGACAACGCAGCAACGUGAUUAUACAGACAUUGACCCCGUUGAAACAGAAGCCAUCCGCCGCAUCCCCGGGUCCCGAUGCAAAGCUUUCUACGGCCCCAUUAAGAUUCAACAAGUCGUCUAUGGCUUCUUCAAGAUUGACAAGAAGCGCCGUAUUCUUGAUGCCGUUCAGGUCGACAACCCACCCAUCAUUUUGUUUAGCAAGGGCAUGUGGCUUGACGUGCCGAAAUCUGCAAUGGAUAUCUUGAAGUCGCGACGUCUGAACAUCGCAGCGGGCAUCCACGCCGCUGAACACGCCGUGUUGUCCCUUAUGCCCAACUUCGUCAUCAGCAUGCCAGGAGAUGUACGCACGGAAUGCAAAGUCCCCGAGAAGGAGUUUUUGCAAAAGGAAUCAACGAGGAAGCGACCUGCUCGGUUGACGUUUUACGAUGCAAAAGGCGGGGCGAGCGGUUCUGGCAUCAGCACCAAAGCAUUUGAGUUCAUCGAUACAUUGCUCAAUCAAGCGUGUCAACGACUCACGUCCUGUCAUUGUCUUGAGGGAUGCAAUGAAUGCUGUAACGAUGAUGCGUGUAAACAGCAUAACCAGGUCAUGUCCAAAGCAGGUGCCAUGGUCAUUGUCAUGUGCUUGCUGGGCAAGGAGAAGCAGAUUGAUGUUGAGGCACUGCCAUGGGGUGAGGAGGAUGUGGAACAAGGUUUCGAUACGGUGGUCGAGGCGGUUGGGGUCAGAAUGGCGGAAGGGAAGACGAGAGACGGGGGGACAUUGCCUGGAGAAGGGGAUGAGGGUGAGGAGAAGAUGGUGAGAGCGAAACUUGUAGAUGGUGUGUGGAUUAAAGAGGAAGAAGAAGAUGAGGAUCAUUUCAGUCGAAGCAUUCAUAUGUAUCGGGGUGAGAGGACGUUUAUUGGAGUGCAUAGGUAG